AUGACCCCCGAUCGAGAACUAAAUCAGGGUACUAAGCGUAAGCGCGGGGAGCGGAGACGCGCCUUCUUGGCUUGCGAGACAUGUAGAAAACAAAAGGAGAAAUGUGAGGGCGGUCCACCCUGCUGGAGAUGUCAGCGACUAGGGCGACCGUGCCAUUUCCAAGGCCAGCCGACCCAGAUAGCGACAUCCCCCUGCUCCUCAACCGUCCCCGUCGCGUCCAUUCCGAAAGACCAGAGUCGGCGAAUACAAAGCCUGGAGGAUAUCGCCCGUCAUUUUCUUGGGGAUUUGCCUUUAGAUGAGGAGAAUAUCGUCCGUAUCGCGGACAAAUUACGAAACUCGACGAACACCGUCCUGCCGGAAACUGCCCUGGAUAUCAACGAGUCAUUUGACGUUCAGUUCGUGUCAGAUAAUAUGGCACAUUACUCGGGGGAGUUUUCUCACUGGAAUUUUUCCCAGACAUUACGCCGCAAAAUGAGCUGCCAAAUAGAUCAGUUUGAUUUGAGGGUUAAAGAAUACUGGCGGCCAACCCAGCUUCAAUCCCCACCAGAAGUGAUAGUGGAGACAUUGACACAUUUACCACCAAGAGCUAUUGCCGACUUCCUCAUCACCAUGUUUUUCAAAUAUGUUGAGGUCAACUCCUUUUACAUGGAACGGAAAUGGAUUGAAGAGAAGGUAGCGCUCUGUUACAGUCCGAAAACUACAUAUACGGCCAUUGAUUUCCCUUGGGUAUGCUCUGUUUUUGUUGUUAUGGCCAUUGGGACUCAGGUAGCCCACAUGGAGGAUGAAAAACCAAAUCCCGCUUCGGAGAUCACGGAAGAACUGAACUUGUGCUCUGAAGACUCUGUCGGGCUAGUCUUUUAUCAUGCGGCAUGCAAGCUCAUUCCUGAUGUUCUUUUGGUUGCUUCUCACGAAAGUGUGCAGGUUUUCUUGCUUCUCGCCACAUAUUCAUUACCUGUUUCGACGGGUGGCCUUGCAUAUACCUAUUACGGUCUUGCAAUGAAGAUGGCGAUUCAAAAUGGGAUGCAUCGCAAAUAUCAUGGUGGUAACUGCGACUCCAGAACUAUUGAAGUCAGAAAUCGGUUAUUUUGGACAGCAUACACUAUUGAAAAAUAUAUCAGUAUCCUCCAUGGACGCCCUCUGUCGAUUGCACGAUCGGAAAUAAACGCGGAUAUGCCAAGAGACUGUCCCACCUUUGAGUCACCACGAUUUGCCAAUCUAACCGCGUUCCAUACAUUGAUUUCAUACUUGGGAGAGGUCUCCGAGACACUUGCACAAUUUAAAAGAUGUCCGAAAAGGCUUCUCUCUGAAUAUUUAGAGCGACUCGUACGGCUAAGGACCAGUAUCAAGCAAUGGUGGGACUCACUUCCAGCCACUGAAGAAUGUCGGGAUCUAUGCUCGCAAGGCCCGAAUUUCCGACAAAACUCGCAUCUCCGACUGUGUUAUCUGCUUAUAUAUGUGUACAUGGGCCGUGCAUUCAUAUUCGUUGAUGACAGGAAACAAGCAGAUGAAGCUAUAAUUGGUCCAGAUCAAGAUUCAGGACGGGCGCAUCGGUUAGUUUUGGUGGACGACUGCGUGUCGAGUGCUUUGGACAUUCUUAACACUCUGCAAUCCUUAUCCGACCAUGUUGGUCUUUGCCGCGCUUCUUACAAUGAAUUCGGUGCUUGUCGUGCGGCUAUUCUGGUCAUUCUUGCAGAAUGUCUCAACGCAGGAAAGUGCCAGAGACUUCAAGAUGGCCUACACCGUGGAAUGAGUCUCAUACGUCAGAUGGUCGGAGGAAGCUCUUCGAAAUCCGACAUCUCAUAUCUCGAAUCUAUCGAAGCAGCUAUCAGCCGGCUAGAAGCCAUCCCUGAAGAAGGAUCCAUUUCCCAUCCACAAAGCGAUGAAAGCUCUAUCUCUGCCUAUUCGAAGUUCAAAGACUGGACGCAGUCACUGAAGAAGGACAAAUCUGCAGGUGGAAAUUUGGAGCUGUCUUCUUUUAGCCCGCUGUCGCAUCUCACACCUAGCACAGAACUUUUCGCGGACCCGGAGCUGAAUGAUAUGACAGCUUUCUUUGAGCCUCAUUGGUCUAAUGGGGAUUUCCAGUUUGAUGCGUAUAAUCUUUCAUCUCUGUCAAAUUGA